AUAAGAAACAGGAUUCAUCAUUGUGCUACGAUUCCUAGUUCACGAUGGUUAAAGAAGGUUAUCAAAAGCACGAGUCCUUCACAUACGUGUCGCUAUCCUCCUUCCGACGCGCAGGGAGCCUUACCAGCCCUGCAAUACCAUCUGCGUUCAAAUCAGGCUGCUGGCUCUUCGUUCUUGUCUUCUUCCCAUUUCAAUAUCCACCAGCUGCUGCUGUGAACCGUUUGCUAGUGCAAAAAAGUUUAGCCCUAGCGUACUGCAUAACGGCGAUUCCAGUGCCGAGAAUAUCAACCAGUGCGGAAUGGAACUGACAAGGAACGCGACCAUAACUCACCCAUAUGCUAUAACGUGACUAUGUUAGUUCGACUCAUUACCGGCUUGGCGCUUUCGGUAGUCCUCAUUAGCGUCGAUACCACCGUCGCCGGUGCUGUAUGCUCCGGCUCAUAUGCGUGUGAUAGUAGUGAUCGGUACAUCAAUUCAUGCAAAUGGGGAAGUGAUGUAUGCGUGCGAAGCUUUGAUGGACACCCAAAGACACUAGAAGGUCGGAGUAAUUUCAUGAAGGUGGAAAUUCUUUGCUUUGGCCAUAAUGCAUAUGUGAUACUGGCUACGCAUCAAUCCGGUCUUCCGUGGACAUCUCUGCACCCAUUAUCACGGUCUGAGGCUUGAAUUAAUAUCGUCGGAGUAUUUUAGUGCUUGAUAGUACAUUUAUUUAUAUAAUGCAUGGAAUCUUGAUUACUAGCCUACGUGUCGAUACGAGUGAUUUCAGUUAUCAGUAGAGUAGUGUUGCCUUCUCGGAAAGAGAGCC